GUGGUCUUUGCAGGAAGGUGGUGUGUGAGUGUGGAUACACACGGCAACAACACUUGGAGGAGGCUACCAGGCCCCACACUUUGCAGGGCAAGGAUUGGGACCCCAAAAAACAUGUGCAGGAGAUGCCAACAGACGCCUUUGGUGACCUUGUUUUCACGGGCCUGGGCCAGAAGGUGGGAAAGUACGUUCGCCUCUCCCAGGACACGCCCCCCAGCGUGAUCUACCACCUCAUGACCCAGUACUGGGGCCUGGACAUCCCCAACCUCCUCAUCUCGGUAACAGGCGGGGCCAAGGACUUCAACAUGAAGCCCAGGCUGAAGAGUGUCUUCCGAAGAGGCCUGGUCAAGGUGGCCCAGACCACAGGGGCCUGGAUUAUCACCGGCGGGUCCCACACGGGCGUGAUGAAGCAGGUGGGCAAGGCGGUGCGGGACUUCACCCUGAGCAGCAGCUACAAUGAAGAAGAAGUCGUCACUGUCGGAAUUGCCACGUGGGGUACCGUGCACAAUCGGGAAGGCCUGAUCCACCCCUCGGGCAGCUUUCCUGCUGAGUACAUCAUGGACGAGGAAGGCCAAGGGCACCUGACCUGCCUGGACAGUAACCACUCCCAUUUCAUCCUUGUGGACGACGGGACCCACGGCCGCUAUGGGGUUGAGAUUCCCCUGCGGACGAAGCUGGAGAAGUUCAUAUCCGAGCAGACGAAGGAAAGAGGAGGCGUGGCCAUCAAGAUCCCCAUCGUCUGUGUGGUGCUGGAAGGGGGGCCCGGCACGCUGCACACCAUCUACAACGCCAUCACCAGCGGCACCCCCUGCGUGGUCGUGGAGGGCUCGGGCCGCGUGGCCGACGUCAUUGCCCAGGUGGCCGGCCUGCCCACGUCCGAGAUCACCAUCUCCAGGAUUCAGCAGAAGCUCAGCGUGUUCUUCCAGGAGAUGUUUGAGACCCUCAGCGAGAGCAGGAUUGUCGAGUGGACCAAAAAGAUCCAAGACAUCGUCCGGAGGCGGCAGCUGCUGACCAUCUUCCGGGAAGGCAAGGAUGGCCAGCAGGACGUGGACGUGGCCAUCCUGCAGGCCUUGCUGAAAGCCUCUCGGAGCCAUGACUACUUUGGCCACGAGAACUGGGGCCACCAGCUGAAGUUGGCGGUGGCGUGGAACCGCGUGGACAUCGCCCGGAGCGAGAUCUUCUCUGACGAGCGGCAGUGGAAGCCUUCAGAGCUGCACCCCGUGAUGAUGGCCGCCCUCAUUUCCAACAAGCCCGAGUUCGUGAAGCUCUUCCUGGAGAAUGGGGUGCGGCUGAAGGAGUUCGUGACCUGGGACACCCUGCUCUACUUAUACCAGCACCUGGACCCCUCCUGCCUGUUCCACAGCAAGCUGCAGAAGGUGCUGGCCGAGGAGCCCGAGCGGCUGGCGUCCAGGCCCACGGCCCCCCGUGUGCAGAUGCACCACGUGGCCCAGGUGCUCCGCGAGCUCCUGGGGGACUUCACGCAGCCGCUGUACCCCCGGCCCCGGACGGGCGAUCGGCCCCAUCUCCUGCUCCCCGUGCCAAACAUCAAGCUCAAUAUGCAGGGAGUGAGUCUCCGGUCCCUCCACAAGCGUUCACCAGGACAUGUGUCCUUCACCAUGGACCCAAUCCGUGAUCUUCUCAUUUGGGCCAUCAUCCAGAACCGUCGGGAGCUGGCAGAAAUCAUCUGGGCGCAGAGCCAGGACUGCAUUGUGGCGGCCUUGGCCUGCAGCAAGAUCCUAAAGGAGCUGUCCAAGGAGGAGGAGGACACGGAUAGCUUGGAGGGGAUGCUGGUGCUCGCUGAUGAGUAUGAACACAGAGCCAUCGGGGUGUUCACCGAGUGCCACCGGAAGGACGAGGAAAGAGCGCAGAAACUGCUCACCCGUGUGUCGGAGGCCUGGGGGAAGACCACCUGCCUGCAGCUGGCCCUGCAGGCCAAGGACAUGAAGUUCGUGUCUCACGGAGGCAUCCAGGCCUUUCUAACCAAGGUGUGGUGGGGCCAGCUCUGCGUGGACAACGGGCUCUGGCGGGUGAUCCUGUGUAUGCUGGCCUUCCCACUGCUCUAUACCAACCUCAUCUCCUUCAGGUACCAGGUGGCUGCUGGGCUGUGGGCAGGGGCCGGGGCCUCAGACCGUCCUUCCCCAUUGUGCUUGCAGGGG